CUGCCUCGCGGCACACCGGUGUUCCCCAGAACACAGUUUAAGAAACACUGGUGUAGACUCAGUCUGUAUCAGAGAUGUUCAGGAAUGUACAAGCAGGGUGAUGAUACAUGUGAAUAUCUUCUCUCCAGUGGGAGAUUUCUUGGGGAAACAGUAUGGCAACCCCACAGUUGCAUGAUGCAUAAAUAUAAAAAUAGUGAAGCAAAAAACUGCCUUAUAGAUAAACAUAUUGCAUUUAUAGGAGAUUCCAGAAUUCGACAAUUAUUUUAUUCAUUUGUAAAACUCAUAAAUCCUCAAAUCAAGGAAGAAGGAAACAAGCAUGGAAACAUUAUUUUUGAAGACAAAUCUGCAUCAAUUAAAGUGGAUUUCUUGUGGUAUCCAGAAGUUAAUGGCUCGAUGAAGCAACUUAUUAAAUCUUGGACUGAGGGUUCUGUUGCAAAACCUCAUAUAAUUGUAGCAGGAGCUGCUACGUGGUCUAUCAAGAUUCACAAUGGCAGCACUGAAGCCCUCACACAAUAUAAAAUCAAUAUCACUUCAAUAGCACCUCUUUUGGAAAAAUUAGCAAAGAGUAGUGAUGUUUACUGGGUCUUACAAGAUCCUGUUUGUGAAGAUAUGCUGAGUGACAGCAGGAAAAUGAUCACCAAUGAGAAAAUAGAUGCUUACAAUGAAGCUGCAAUCAGUAUUCUGAAUAGCAGCUCCAGAAAUUCCAAAGCUAAAGUUAAAGUGUUCAGUGUUUCCAAACUGAUAGCACAAGAAACUAUCAUGCAAUCAUCAGAUGGCUUGCAUCUCCCCGAAUCAAGCAGAAAAACAAGUGCAAUGAUUCUUAUGAAUGUCUACUGCAAUAAGAUUCUGAAGCCCAUUGAUGGAUCCUGCUGCCAGCCUCAGCCUCCCCUCACUCUGAUACAGAAGCUAGCUUUUUGUUUUUUUGCUUUGUCCAUUAUUGGAUAUUUAAUUCUCAAUUUUAUUUAUCGUAAUAAUCAUCGAAAGAACAAGCCAUGCACUGAUAUGGAAAGUGGAGAAGAGAAAAAACCUGUUGCCAGUACAUCUCCUGUUUCUACCCUAGAGACACUGUUACACUCGUUCUGCAAGCUGGGUCUAAUCAUGGCCUAUUUCUAUCUAUGUGACAGAGCAAAUCUAUUUAUGAAGGAAAACAAAUUUUAUACACACUCAUCUUUCUUCAUACCAAUUAUCUACAUCCUGGUUUUGGGGGUAUUUUAUAACGAAAACACCAAAGAGACUAAGAUGUUAAAUAGAGAACAGACAGAUGAAUGGAAAGGCUGGAUGCAGCUUGUUAUUUUGAUUUAUCAUAUCUCUGGAGCAAGCACUUUUUUGCCUGUGUAUAUGCAUGUUCGGGUUCUGGUUGCUGCGUAUCUGUUCCAAACAGGUUAUGGACAUUUUUCAUACUUUUGGAUCAAAGGAGACUUUGGAUUAUAUAGAGUGUGUCAGGUUUUAUUUCGUCUCAAUUUCCUGGUUGUGGUGCUAUGUAUAGUGAUGGACCGACCUUACCAAUUUUACUACUUUGUUCCACUUGUCACUGUCUGGUUUAUGAUCAUCUAUGCUACGUUAGCUACAUGGCCUCAAAUAGUCCAGAAGAAAGCAAAUGGGAACUGCUUCUGGCAUUUUGGCUUACUGCUCAAACUAAUUUCCUUGCUUAUAUGUAUAUAUAUUCUAGCAAAUUCUCAGGGCAUAUUUGAGAAGAUUUUUUCUCUAUGGCCAUUGUCCAAGUGUUUUGAGCUGAAUGGAAAUGUUUAUGAGUGGUGGUUUAGAUGGAAGUUAGACCGCUACGUAGUCUUUCACGGGAUGACAUUCGCUUUUAUUUACCUGGCAUUACAGAAACGUCAGAUGCUUUCGGAAGGGAAAGGAGAGCCUCUCUUCUCCAACAAAAUCUCAAAUUCUUUUCUUUUUAUUUCUGUAGUUUGCUUUUUGACCUACUCUAUCUGGGCUAGUAGCUGUAAAAACAAAACUGAGUGCAAUGAAUUACAUCCUUCUGUUUCUGUGGUGCAGAUUUUAGCUUUCAUCCUCAUCAGGAAUAUUCCAGGAUAUGCCCGUUCUGUAUAUAGUUCAUUUUUUGCCUGGUUUGGCAGAAUUUCUCUAGAGCUAUUCAUCUGUCAAUACCACAUCUGGCUAGCAGCAGAUACAAAGGGGAUCUUGGUGCUCAUUCCUGGAAAUCCAAUGCUCAACAUUAUUGUCAGCACUUUUAUAUUUGUGUGUGUGGCACAUGAAAUUUCUCAGAUCACUAACGAUCUAGCACAGAUGGUUGUUCCUAAAGAUAAUGCAACUCUGCUUAGAAGGCUGCUAUUUAUAACUAUUUUUUUUUCUGGACUCCUCUUUUUGUCAGCAGUUCAAGAUCAAUCAAGGCAUUAACUUCAAGAAGUCCUUUAAAACUUACUUCAGGUUUACUUUUUGUCUGCCUGAAGAAAAAUAUUUAACUGGAGGUAUAAAAAACUUACACAGUGCUACGCUGCAGCAGGACAUCUAAAUGAAGUUUAUUGAAUAUGUAUAUAAUGAAAAUGUACAUAUUUUGUGUGGAAAUACCCUACUCAAAGGAACAUGAGAAACAAGAAUGCACUGUAGAGAUUUGCAUGUGAAAAACACGUCUUUUUUUCUACUGGAUAUAUAUUUUCAUUUGCAUAUCUGUUUUAAACAUAACAUGAAGUAGAGAAAUGAGUGGGUUGGCAGCAUAAUUUGGAGAUUACUGAAUUAACUUUGCUUUGACACACCUAGCAUUCUACAGUAUACAUAAGACAUGCUUUAAUUGUCUUCUCAAGAAACUUUUGUAACAACAAAGCAGUUUUGAUGAGUGAUCCUUAGUUAAUGGUUAUCUUUGCUAAUUUAAAAAAUGGAAGUUUAUUGUACUGGUAAUCAGGGUUGUUUUUCUAAACUUAGUGUUAACUCAUUGUCUAAGGAUCAGUGUUUUGGUGUAGCUAGUAUAUGGAACCCUUCAUGAAUUGAAAAAAACCCAUCAAUUUAAAUGAUUCCAUUUAAUAUUCUAGCCAGGUUUACAUACUGUUUCAGAGAUGUUUUGUAUUUUUUUUUCUUACUAAAGAAGUAUUCUUUAGUACUAGAAAUGUGGGAUUUGUUAAGAAUGCAUACGUAAUUUUAUUUUGAAUUUUCUACUAAUGUGUUUGCUUUUUCAUCAGUAUUUUCCAUUUAUUGCUCUUUCAAACUCUCUAUAGUUCACGAUAUUAAUACAGCACCACUGAAAAAACAGUGUUGAACAAUAUUUUGGCUGAGUACUGAAAAGUUGGGAAAAUUUCCACCCUUUUCUAAUCAUACCUUUACUCUAGUUAGAUCUUACAGAGAAGGGUAUAGAGGGACACAACAACCACAGACCCCCCCCAGAUUGUAUGUGACUCGAUCUAGGUUUCCGUAGGAAGUUAGUCAUAUUAGCUCUUACAGUGAUAUCUUCAGUGAAGGUGUGGAGAACAGCCUUCCAUGAGGAAGGGUGGUGGUUGACUGGUAAUCUGGACAGCUGCAGACAAUGGGUCCCUUUUUAAAAUAAUAAUGAAAUAAGGUUGAGAUUCAUUGUUCAGAAGACCCAGUUCUUACAUUCUUAUUUUUCAGUAUCUUUCCUUGAUAGCUCUGAUUCAAACUCAGAAUCAGAAGCUUUUCUUUAUUAUGUAUCCUUUUUUUGCAUACAGCAUAGAACUGAAAGAAAUAGCAUUUCAGAUUAGAACUGAUAGAUGGCAAUUUUAAAUUCUACAAAUUCAGUUGAACUAAGGUGAUAUUUUGUUACAUUAAAUCACAGUAUUACAGUUUGGUUACAUAAUACUUGGAGGUUCAGGUGCGUCUUCAUUCUGUCCUCUUGCUGGCUACUGUUUAGCACUCAAAGGAAUACAGUAUUGUUUUCUCAGCGUAUGUGCAAUUAUAAGUAACGAUAAACAAUAUGAAUUUUAAUUUAUACAGUAAGUGGUCUGAUAUUUAUACAUUUUCUGAUGUAGUCUCAGUUGAUUUGUGGAGUCUGGACUUGCAAAGCCUCCCAUGUCUGCAAGAAAACUUUCCUGACUGUGAAAGAAUAGCUGCAUUUUGUUCCAGUAAAGAAAAUAAUUUCUGUACGAAUCUAGGAAUGAGAGGAAGAUAGCAAGAUAAAGAUAAUACAAGUCUCAAGAAUAAACUUAGUGCACUAAUUCAGUAACCUUAACAUGGCAACUAGUUUUUUUGACAAAUGAGAGAAAGAUACUCAACAUUUUCUCAGUUGUUUUCUUUUUGGACAUUAUUUCUAGUGUUUGAAAAGUCCUCCUUAGCCACUAAUCAGUACAUUUGAUUUACUGAAAGACAUGCUAUAGCUGAGAAGUGUAGUGAUAGUUGUUAUGGACAGGAUGUACAACCUACAUCUAUACCAUUAUUAGAAGUAAGAAAAAGUGAAUUUGGGGGGAUAUUUUGGUUUUGUUUUUCACAAACUAAGCAUUGUAGAUAUUUAUUUAUCUGUUGUACAGAUUUUGUUAAAGAUUUAUUUUUAAUGUUUGAAAUAGUGCACUUCACUAUUACUGUAUGUGAGAGAAAAUAUAUUUUCUUUUAAGGUUAUGUGAAAAUAUGAAGUAAUUUAAACAAAUAAAUGUAUUGUGGAUGCUUAUUUUUAUACUGUGAGGCGCAUACAUUCUGGUUUGUUAGUUUUUUAAUUAUUUAAAACAAGAUAAGUGGUAACUUAUUAGUAUGCUUCAUCAAAAUCAGAAGUUCAGGUUAUAGUGCAUUUAAAAAAUAAUUUCCUACCCCUCACUAGUUCAACUAAACCUUCUCUAUGUGGAAAUGUUAACCCUCCCAGUCAGUAGACGUAACACGACUGUUCAUAUGGUUACAGGAUGGGGGUGGAGAGAGAAAGAAUCUUCCACAAGACCAAGUCUGACACUGUGGCUAGUCCAUUGUCACUACCAUAACCUCAAGGAUUUAGUAACCCUCACAUGUGCUGUGCUCUCUAUAAAUAGGAUUGCAGGGCCUAACUCAGGUUGCCAACUUCCUUAUUGCAAAGAAAGAACACCCCUGCCCUGCCCCUUCUUCAGUGCCCUGCUUCCCACACACUUCAUUCCCCCUUCCUCCAUUGCUUGUUCUCCCCCAUACUUCCUUACUAGCUGAUUUCCACUGGACUGGGACAGGGGGUUGGGGUCUGGGAGGGGGUUCCCAGGCAAUGGGAGCUAUGGAGCUGAUGCUCAGGUGAGGCAGCAUGCAGACACCUUUU